AUGAAUGAAGAGCUUAUAUUGAAAUUCUUGAAAUCAAAAGAAUUUAUUAACGAAUAUAAAGCGCUUAUAAUAACAUCCCAAAGAUGUAUAGAAACAUUGGAUAUAAUUAUUAGAAAGCUUCGAACAGAAAAAUUCUCUUGUUUGAAUGAUAUUUUAAAGAAACCAUCGUAUACUGUUGGUCCAGCAACAGCUCGUGUUUUAAAACAACUUGGAUUUAAAGAUAUAAGAGGGGGCGAGGAAGCGGGAAAUGGAGCCAUUCUUUCAGAUAUUAUCAUUAAUGAUGAUAUUUUCGACCACUCAGAUUCUAGAAAGAUAUUAUUUCUUACUGGUAAGAUCAGAAAAGACACUAUUCCCAAAAAACUUCGGGAAGCAGGAUUUCAAAUGAAGGAGCUUGUUUCUUAUAAAACAGAGCCGUAUGAUGACAUCAUGAAGCGAUAUUGUGAGGUGCUAAGUACUUUAGAUGAAAUGGAGGAUAAUUGGCUUGUAUUUUUCAGCCCGCAGGGGACCGAGGACAUUUUAAACCGUUUACGUAACGAUCCGACGCUACCAUUUAAUCUAGCCACAAUAGGACCAACCACCGAGCACUUUUUACGGAUGAAAGGAAUAAAAACCGAUGUUGUUUCGAAGAAACCUAAUGCAAAAAUGCUUUACGAAUCCAUUACCGAAGCAUCGAAAUACAUAUUUACACAUCAUUAA